CUUGACUCACCCUCUUCUUUCUCUUUCUGUUUCUGUUUCUGUUUCACCUUCUCAACCAUUUCUCGGUCUUUAAUAAGCUAGAAAAGUUUGCAACAUUGCCGAAUCCUACCAAACAAGGUCAUCAUAAAAUUCCCUAAAAAUCACAAUCACACUCAUCACUUUCUCCUUUCAACAAUGGAAGAGGUGUGGAAAGACAUAAAUCUUGCUACCUUAAAUGACCAAGUCACACGCUCCGCAACAACGCACUCCAACUUGGGAGGAGUAAUCCUCCAAGACUUUCUCGCUCGACCCUUCACCAUGGAUCCACCAAACACCAUUCUUUCCUCUCAAACUCCCUCCCUCUACGGCGCCCCCUCCUCACCGGCACCACCACUCCUCACGGCUCUCAGCCUGAGCUCACACCCCCACCUCCAUUUCGACCCUCACACUCAAAAACCCUCACAUCCCCACCACCCUCCUCCACCUUCCAACCACUCUUGCUUCACCACCCCAACCACCGCCUCCUUAGGCGCCAAAAGAUUCGCAGAACCCGAUUGCAACCUCGGAGACAGAAGAAACAAGCGCAUGAUCAAGAACCGCGAGUCCGCUGCACGAUCGCGAGCCAGGAAACAGGCUUACACGAAUGAAUUGGAGGUAGAAGUUGAGCAAUUGAAGGAAGAGAAUGCAAGGCUGAAAAGACAGCAAAAACAGCUGAGUGAAGUUGCAGCCAGUGAGCAAAAGAAGAAGAGUAGCCUAUAUCGAGCAUCUACGGCUCCAUUUUGAAGAGGGUCCUCGAUGGUUUAACCCACUUCGCCCACAUGCCCCUCAAUCUUCGGUUUACCCUUUUCAGUGAUAAUGAUGUAAUGCAUUUCUGGAUUUGUGGUCGCCACAUUUCCACCUUUAAAUUCCUAUUCCUUCCUUUUCUGACCUUACAUAGUAAUAGUAUAUAGUGUAGUAGUAAUUUGGGGAAUGUAAGAGAAGAAACAAGAAUGUGGUUUUUGCUUCUUCCAUUCCCUACUUAUUUUCAUUGCCCUUUUUA